AUGACAAAUACCGACAUUGCAUUCGGACAUCAACACGGCUGUGAGCUUCCUCCAGAGCUGACGAAGAACUGGCCCCUGGGGCUCGAUCGGAUCAAGGAACUGUGGACGGCAAAUACAGAGGGCCACCUCCUCGCAUUCUUGUGCUCUGUAGCAGAGAAGUAUGAGCCCGGCAACAGCAUCACUCAAUACUUUUUAUUCGGUCCGAGAGCCUUUCACAUUUUGCAGCCAGAGAGUGUGGAGGCGAUUCUUUCUACCAAUUUCAAAGACUAUGGCUUUGGUGCACGAGCAGCUAUAUUUGCUCCACGUCUGGGCAACGGCAUUUUCACUCAAGAAGGUCCCGCCUGGAGACAUUCUCGAGAUCUUUUACGCAAACAGUUUUCUCGAGUCCAGAAUCGCAUUCUUGAACAUUUCCACGAGCAUGUUGACAACAUGGUAGCUCGCCUACCAUUGGAUGGAGUCGUCGAUCUUCAACCACUAUUCUUCAACCUGACCCUCGACAUAGCGACAGCGCUUCUAUUCGGAAGAUCAGUGUACAGCUUAUUGGCCGGUAUUGAUCAAGACGCCGACAAUGGGCUCUUUGCCGAGGGCUUUAAUAUCGCCCAGGACGGCCUAGCAAAGCGAUUUCGUAUCGCACCCUGGCACUUCCUCUACAACCCUCCCGGAUUUCGAAAAGCUUGUGGCGAUGUUCACCGAUUUGUCGAACAGUACAUCGAUCAGUUGGACUUGGAAAAUAGCGAGGACCUGGAUGAUAAAACUUAUGGCUUUAUCAAGCGGGUAGCACACGAGUCUGCCAGCCGACAGCAUCUUCGCGAUCAACUACUCAAUGUGCUUCUGGCAGGAAGGGAUACCACAGCCUGUUGCCUUUCGUGGACAUUUCGGUUACUUGUUCACCAUGAGCAAGCAAUGAUUCGCCUGCGAGAGGAGAUAGCCUCGGUGAUGGGGGACUCUGCGCAUCCAACGAAGGAGCAAAUCAGAAAGAUGCCCUAUCUCUCCUGCGUCAUUAAAGAAAGUAAGUAUUCCUUCCCUUCAAUUCCGUCUCCUGUGACUAAGGAAGUGAGGUCUUCGUCUUUACCCCCCCCCCCCCCCCCCGUUCCACUGAAUAACCGUGAAGCCAUUCGGACAACGAUUUUACCUACUGGUGGUGGCCCUGACGCAGAUCGUCCCAUACUAGUCAGGAAAGGGGAGCUCGUUGUCUUUUUUCAAUAUGUAAAUUCGCGCAAAAAGAAUAUCUAUGGUCCUGACGCAGACUGCUUCCGUCCGGAGAGAUGGGAAACGGGCGAGCUGGAUCAUAUUGGGUGGGCAUAUUUUCCUUUCAACGGAGGCCCGCGGCAGUGCCUUGGGGAGAAUUUCGCCCUGAUGGAAGUUUCAUACACAGUUGUGAGGCUAUUGCAGACCUUUUCAUCCAUCAUCCUGCCAAAGGGGCAGCCGAUCGAGCCUGUUGGGAGCGAAAGACAGCGCCUCACUCUGGUUCUUUCAAGUGCCGAUGGUUGUAAGGUGCAAAUCCAUUCCUGA